AUUUAAAAAUCGAUUUAUUAUUUCAUAAAUACCCUGGUCUAUACCCUUUGCCUGUAAGCUCUCAUACUAUUAUUUAGCCAUGCAUUUCCUAAUUUAUAUGUGAAGGUUAUUUAAGUAAAGGUUCUAGGUUUAUCUCUGUAAAUUCUUACUUACAUACAAUGCGAGAAACUCUGAUAAACAGUUUAACAAAAAUACCGAUAUCAAUAAAACCAGCAUUUAAGAAAGUUUCUAGUGAUAACUUCAUAAAAAACGUUUUAACAAGUGAUUUGCGAGUGUCCAUAGAAGUAUGUCCCAACAGAGCCCUAAACGAGGAUCUUUUGUCUUCGAUCCCCUUUAGUUUUUGUUCUGUGACAUGGCGGACACCGUCCAAUGAACAAUUGGAGCAUGUAGACCAGAUACCUGCUCUCAUAUUGGCCAAGCAGUUGAAUUCGAAUGGAUAUAACGUGUUGCUACAUUUGGCGGGAAGAUAUUUGAAACGUGAGCAAGUUGUUAGAAUUUUAGAGGAGGUGAAGAGUGCAGGAAUUAGGAAUUUAUUCGCGCUUCAAGGAGAUCCAUCUGAAAUUAAAGAAAAAGACGAUAAAAAAUGUGAUUUUCCAUAUGCGUCUGAUUUAGUCACAUUUAUACGAGAACGUCAUGGAAAUUAUUUUUGUGUUGGUGUAGCCGGUUAUCCCGAAAAACACCCACAAUGUGAAAAUAUCGAGAAAGACCUCCAAUACUUAAAAUUUAAGGUAACACGUGGUGCAGAUUUCAUCAUAACCCAAGCAUCUUACGACUAUCAAAGGUUCCUAACAUUCUCUCAACAGUGCCACUUGAUGGGCAUAAAUGUUCCGAUUAUUCCAGGCGUAUUUAUUAUAAGUUCCCAUAGGACUCUCACGGCCAUGUCAAAAUUUUGUGGAGUUACAAUUCCAAGAAACAUUAUUGAUGCUGUUGAGGCUGUAAAAGGCAAUGAUGACGAUGUAGCGAAGUUCGGUGUACAGCAUGCUACUGAAUUAAUAGGCAAAAUUUUCGAGAAUCAGCAUCUGUUUGCAGGAGUUCAUAUGUUUUCUUUGAAUAAUUUAGAAUUAGUAAAAAGUGUAUUACAGAAAACAAACAUAAAUUCGGAAUGUUUGGUUCCAUUAAAUGCAUAAUCAAAUGA